UUCAGUCAUAGUUCAGAUCUAGAAUGUUGCACAGCUCUCGGACAAAUAUCGGUUGGGUCUUGUGGCUGCUGCUGGCGCUGGCGCUGGCGCUGCAGCAGGAGUCGGCGGAUGGUGCACGCUGCGCUAAGCCCGAUAAUCUGGAAAAUGGCAGCGUUUGGCAACGACGGAACUUUAUACGCUUUCGCUGCUAUCCCGGCUUCAUGCUGAUGGGCAACGCGAUGCUCACUUGCAGCCUCAGCGGCCGCCUGAGCGGCGAGCGACCCUUCUGUGCCAAGUCUGGCUGCCGACAGCCGCCCGAUCCGGACAAUGGCCGCAUCGAGACGCAGGGCGGACUACUCGCAGCUGUCAUGUGCAACGACGAUUAUGUUGUGGCAGGAAACGGCAUGGCCUAUUGCAACGGACGCGUCUGGGAUCGCACGCUGGGCAGCUGUCGGCAUCGCAAUCAUACGCAGAGCCACGCCUGCGACUUCGAGACCGAGGAUCUGUGCGGCUGGCAGCCGAGCUACUCCCUGGUGCAGCCCUGGCGACGUGUCGCCACCGUGAGUCACUUCCACUCGUAUCGCACGGGCCCGCGCCACGAUCACACCCUGCAGAACGCCUACGGCGGCCACUAUAUGCUGAUGGAGACAUCUGUCUUCUCCACCGGCAUUCAUCACUUGGUGUCGCCCAUCUACCCACGGGAGCUGAGCCUGAAGACCGCCUGCUGCUUCCGUUUUCAUUACUUCAUGUACGGCUCGGACGUUGGCGAUCUGGUGGUCUCGGUCAAGCCGCAAGAGCUGCGUGUGGAGCAGAUGUGGACGGAGUACCGCAAGCAAUAUACAAAGUUCACAGUAUCGGGCAAUCAGGGCAACCAGUGGCUGGAGCAUACGAUCUCCAUUGAUGAAAUGCCGAGCGAUUUCCAAGUGAUCUUCACGGCAACCGAUUCGACGUCUCACUUCGGCGACAUCGCCAUCGACGAUGUGCGCCUGAUGACGGGCAGCCAGCUGUGCGGCGGUGGGUCAUACACCACGACGUCGGAGCAGCCAGUGGCCCAGGCCUUAGAGCCGGUGAUCUAUGACACAAUGAACUGCACCAACCGCUGCAACAUGCCGGCCCCGUUGGACGACGAGCUGCGCGACGAUGGCAAGUUGAUAAAGGCCUGCGGCUGUGAUGCCGGCUGCGUUGAUCAAGAGAACUGUUGCCCCGACUAUGUCCAGACGUGUGUUGAAAAUGACAAGGAUUCCACAACGGAAACUGCAAUUGCAGAAACUCUCGAAUGGAAGACGACCCCUAAACCAACAACAUCAACAACAACAACAACAACAACACGCAAAACAACAACAACAACACGUAAAGCAACAACACCAACAACUACAACUACGAGCACCACCACUCCCCGAACAACAAAAACAACAACUACAACUACGAGCACCACCACACCGCGAACAACAACGACGACGACGACGACGACGUCGACAACAUCGAGCACUGCUGGGAAAACUGAAACAUCUGCAGCACAUCCCACAAAAUCUCAUCGUGGCGUCAUUUCCUGGACCGUGUCGCCGGAUGAGAUCAAGAGUGAGAACGACAGACGGAGUGCCUCGAAUCCGGCACGUUUCCUAUGGUUCCUAAUGCUGGCCGUCAUGCUGAUCGUGAUCGUUGCCAGCGUCACGUACCGCUGGAGGAGGCCCAACGGCGGCAGCAACGAGAAGGCCGUCAGCUUUCAGAAGACCUUCGCCAGGCUAAAGAACGCCUCCAUUCUAGGAGGACGCCGCAACGAGGAUACAGCCGCCCUUGUCAGCGACGGCGAUGAUGUUCAGUUCGAGGAAAUGGGCGUGGACAUACGCAAUGUGUCAGAGCUCUAGCUUGGAUUGAAAUUGUGUACAGACACCUAGCGCUAGAUAACUGUAGCACCUCCCCUACAACUCUACUCUACUUAACUUAACUUAAGCCAAACAAAUUGUGUAUCUAUGGGUUGAUGAAAAUUUAUUUUAAUAUUAU